GUUAAAUCAUUCUGGCCUCUGAGAUUCAGGAUCUUACGGUUGGCACCUCAGCUAGAUCGAAUCAUGAGUUUCGUUGUGGACGUUUCAUUCUGGAAUGAUACGUAUUGGGAGUAUGCCUUUGAAAAUUUCACCGGCACACCACCCACAGAACAAUCCUAUAGCCCCUGUCUCUUGGACACUGUGACCCUCAACAAGUAUGCUGUGGUGGCCAUCUAUGCCCUGGUCUUCCUGCUGAGCCUGCUGGGAAACUCCCUGGUGAUGCUGGUCAUCUUACACAGCCGGGUCAGCCGCUCUGUCACUGACAUCUACCUGCUGAACCUGGCCCUGGCUGACCUGCUCUUCGCCCUGACCUUGCCUAUCUGGGCUGCCUCUAAGGCAAAGGGUUGGAUUUUUGGCACAUCGCUGUGCAAGAUGGUCUCACUUCUGAAGGAAGUCAACUUCUACAGUGGUAUUCUACUGUUGGCCUGUAUCAGCGUGGACCGCUACCUGGCCAUUGUGCAUGCCACACGCACACUGACUCAGAAGCGGCACUGGGUCAAGUUCAUAUGCUUAGGCAUCUGGAUUUUAUCCUUGCUCUUGUCCCUGCCCAUCUUUAUCUUCCGUGAGGCCUAUCAACCACCUGAUUUCGGCCCAGUCUGCUACGAGGAUAUGGGUGCCAACACAACCAAAUGGCGCAUGGUGAUGCGGAUCCUGCCCCAGACCUUUGGCUUCCUCCUGCCCCUGCUGGUCAUGCUGUUCUGCUACGGCUUCACCCUGAGCACGCUCUUUCAGGCCCACAUGGGGCAGAAGCACCGGGCCAUGCGGGUCAUCUUUGCUGUCGUGCUCGUCUUCCUGCUCUGCUGGCUGCCCUACAAUCUGGUCCUGAUGGCAGACACCCUCAUGAGGCUCCGGAUCAUCGAGGAGACCUGUGAACGCCGAAAUGACAUUGGCCGAGCCCUGGAUGCCACCGAGAUCCUGGGCUUCCUCCACAGCUGUCUCAAUCCCCUCAUCUAUGUCUUCAUUGGCCAGAAGUUUCGCCAUGGACUCCUCAGGAUCAUGGCCACCCAUGGACUGAUCAGCAAGGAAUUCCUGGCCAAGGAGGGCAAGCCUUCCUUUGUUAGCUCUUCCUCAAGGAACACUUCUACUACCAUCUAAGACCCCCACCCCUGUAGCAGCCCCACAGGGCUCCUUCCCUCCUGUCAGCACAGCACUCAAGACUCAUGUCUAUUGGCUAUUCACAGUCUCUGUGUCAGGACAGCCCCCACUGAGGUCACAGGAAGUUGCUGAGGCCUCAGCCUUACCAGGCCCCAUUGCACGGUUGAGAAAGCCUGCCCUGAAGCCUCGCCCCUCACUGUAAUUGCUAUGUUAUCUGCGAGAGCUCUGUCCAUCCUACCACUGAGCCAUAGCACUCUGUCCUCGGAGACAUUUCAAAGACAUGCUUUGAAGUGAGUUCAGAAAGUUCCCAGCCUUGGGAGCCACCAGUGGCAAACACCACAGCUACUUCCCCAGCUCCCCCUUUCCUAGCUUUCUAGCAAAGUCUGCUUCCCUUGAGAGAGGCUGAAAAUGAUAUAUACCUCCACGAGUCUUUAAGCUAGGAGUGGUCACAUUCUCUAGUUCUGACUAGGAAGACUUACAGGCAAGUGUGUGCUGGUAAACCAGUCCCCCAGGGAAACAAAAAGUCCUGCCUUCUAGCAUUUGCCAAGUUCUAUGUUAUAACUGCUCCCACCAUGGCAAUUUCAAGGGUGGUGGUGUUUAGCAACCAGCUCACAAAAUUCUGGAAAACGUAAUAAUCUGCAUUGAGCAAAACAUUGCUUAAAAGGAGGUCUGCUGGGACCAGGGGACUCCUGGAAGAUACUCCUGAUUGAAAAAAAGAGAGACACACCUUCUUGGAUCUUGCCUUUGAAUGUGGUUAUAGUAUAUGAUCUGUGGUAUAGUAUAUGGCGUGGGGCAGCAUUUUUGUGACUAUGAGGCAAAAAGCCUAAUAUGUUUAGGCUGGUGGAGCCAAAGGAUAAUAUGAAGCUGAGAAUAAAGAGCCCAGAAAUAAACCUAAGCAUAAAUUGUCAAAUGAUUUUGAACAAUGGUGCCAAGACUAUUCAAUGGGGAAGCGAUAGUCUUUCAACAAAUGAUGCUGAGAAAAUUAGAAAUCCACAUGCAUAAAAAUGAAAUUGGUCCUAGCUGGUGUGACUCAGUGGAUUGAGCGCCAGCCUGAGAACCAAAGGGUCACUGCUUCGAUUUCCAGUCAGGGCACAUGCCUGGGUUGUGGGCCAGGCCCCCAAUAGGGGGCGCAGGAGAAGCAACCAUACAUUGAUGUCUUUCUCCCAGUCUUUCUCCUUCCGGUCCCUUCUGUUUAAAAAUAAAUAAAAAAAUAUGAAAUUGACCUUUUACCUUAUACCAUGCACAAAAAUUAACCCAAAAUGGACUGAAGACCAAAACAUGAGAGCUAAAAUUAUCAGACUCUUAGAAGAAAACAUAAGGAAAAAACUUUAUUUGGUUUGAAGUUGGGGAUGGAAUGAGCUUCAGGAAUGGGGUUUAGGUCAAGGUUGAGAUUGUGAUCCGAGGGGGAGGUUAGAGCUGGAGAUGUGGUGGCGGUGGGGAGCCACGGGUGGCAUAACAGCUUGGGCUAGGGUGAAGGGUCAGAGUACAAUGAGAGAUGCAGAAUAGCAAAGGUUAGUAAUGAUGUGAGUGAGAUGUGGGGAGGUUCCAGAUGGCACUGGGGCCACAUAUGGAGGGAGGCUUGGGCGUGGGAUGGAUGUGAAGGUGUCGUGAGUCUCAGGGAGGGGUGUUAGAGAUAGAGUGAAUGGCUGGGAUGGGUCAGUGGCUACAACUGUAGCCACUGCUAUUUAGUCCAGUCGGUGGCUGGAACAAAAAGUCAUCACUGGUAGGGUCACCAUCUUUUCUGGAGCAUUUUCUAAAAUGUGGCCAGGAAGGAGGUGCUUCUGCCUUGAGAUUCCAAAUUGGUUGGUGAGGAAGGAGUUAGGGGCACAAGCCCUAAGAAAUGGAUCUGAUUAAGGAGAGAAGAUAGGAGGAUGCACACAAAAUCCAGGGAGGAAGGCUGGGAACCUCUCUUUCCUCUUCUUCCCUCCUCUCAGUGCCUUCCUACCUCUUCUACUGUAACCCCAAAGUUCAUCUUCCUCCACCUCAAAGCCAACUCCAUCAUGGGCUUCGGUAAGUGAAUAAGGAUCUAUAUGGGGUCUGGGGAAAUACAAAUGACUCAUGCACACUGGAAAAAAUGCUUGGCCUCAUUAGUAACUUGGGAUGUGGGAAUCAAACAGCAGUAAGAUGACUUGGAAAUGUUUUAACAGGAGAGGAAUGGAGUCGGAUCGUCUUCAAACAAGUGCACCAUUGUUCUGGUAGAUUUGUUAAUGCAGUGUGGAAUUCUCUGGGUAUGGCUCAAGUUCUAAAUGAUUUGGAUUUUGGAUCCGUAAAAGGGUGAGGAUGUCGGUACUGAAAUAGCAUGGUGUGUUGAAAUAUCAAAGACUGGUAUUUUGAUCACCAGAUAUGGUAAGGGUUACAUACCUGGUGAAAGUCAAGGAGAGAGGUCACCUCAGGGAGCAGCUAAAUAUUCAGGAUGGUGCUGAGAUCAGGGACAGGGUGCGUCUUAGGAGAGCAGUGGGGCAUCAGAGAUGGCAGAGAGUUUGGGACAGUUACAGAUGUAGCUGUGAGCAAAACUAACUUUAUUUCUGUGUCCCAGACUUCUUCCAUCUUUAAGUUUUAAUGUUGUGACCUUUAACCAACCUUACCGUCAUUAGCAAGCAUGUCUGUGGUUAUUUAACUUACACAAUGCAGCCUUGAAUAUUUUUAUUAGUAGGAGUGGGAAUGGCAUGAUAACGGGGUCAAAUAUAAACAUCAAAAUGAUAACAUCUAUGAUAAACAACCCUUUGUCACAAGACCGCCAGCAGGUAUGACUCCUAGUGUGUACUGCAUUCUUUGUCCCUUUGCCUUGUCCAUCAUUAGUCCUUAAGUUACACUGUAAGAAAGUACUGUAACAGGGGUCUGUUAGUGGAGAAUACUCUGUGCAGAUUGCUGGGUUGCCUGUCUGCUCCAACCCUAUGUCGCUGUAAGUAAGUUACUCUAUAAUAAAUUGCUAUACUCUA